AUGUAUGACGUAAGUUCCAAGUGGCGCAAACAGAAAGGGAGAAUGACGAAAAAGAAAGCUAUUGCAAGAGAAAAGACUGAGCUUCGCUUGUGUUCAAAAAAUGUAACAGAUGAUAAUGUUGCCAGAGAACGUGCUACAUCGUCCCAGUAUGAAUUAUCGAAACCAUCAACUGAAAAUACUUUUGAUUCUUCAAAGAUAUUUAUCGAAAGUAAUGCCGACAUAUCAAGAAAUGUUCAGAAGCUUUCGUUUUUGGACACUAAUGUAUCUGAUAUUAGUGACAGAACAAAAUACAUAUUUAUUAGUGCAUACGAGUGUUUGGGAUAA